ACUCCUCAGCCUGCAGGAGGAGAGAGCUGUGGGGGACUCAGGUCUCUGUUUACUGAGGAUGGAGCUUAGGUUUCAGGGUCUCAGGGGCUGGUCUGUGGUCAGGUGGAGGUAGGCUUGGAGGACACCUGGAUGCGACAGGGUCACUCGGGGCCCUGGGUCUCCUACCUGUUCAGGGGGGUCCGAGAUACCAGCAGGUGAGCGGAGCUGAGCGCAGAGACCAGUGAAUGCUGCAGAAUGGCUCUGGGCGGGGCAGCAGGAGGUAGGGUCCCAGGGCGCAGGUGACGCACCUGACCCCCUCCCUGGGGAUCCUGGGAGCCUAGCGACAAGCUUGGGAUCUUAAAGAGACAGAGCUAAAGUACAUUGCCUCCAGUCCUGACCGGUUGCUCAGUGGUUAGGGUGUCAGCCUGCAGACCCAAGGGUUGUGGGUUAGAUUCCUGGUCAAGGGCACGUACCUCCGCUGCGGGUUCCCCGGUCCCAGUUGGGGCACCUGCAGGAGGCAACCAAUCGAUAUGUCUCACAUCUAUGUUCCUCUCUCCCUCCCCCUCUCCUUCCACUCUCUUUAGAAAUCAAUGGGAAAAAAGCACAUUGUCUCUUGAGCGGGAAGGGAGUUAGGGACUGGCUUAUCUGGUGGAGGGAUGUGGCCCAACCGAGUGGAAGCCCCUGGUGCCAAACUACGCCAAGACCCAGGAGCCAGGAAUAGACAUCCCCAGGCCCCUCCUCCACCAGAAUCCAGGAAUUUAAACCCAGGAGCCUGAGCCCAGGCCCUGUCCCCCUCUUUUCUGGGGAAAUAGGAGUCCAGCUUCCCACAUCUUGCCAGAUUGUUACUGCCUUUGGGACUUCCCAACCUCUGCCCACCUUCCCACUGUGUGGAGUGCAUCUUCUUAAUAGGGUGGGUGUGGAUUGGGGUUUAUCUUCACAACACCCCACACUCCGCCCCGGGAAGGGCUAGGCACAUCCACGGGGCAGCUCGGGGCCCUGUCCCUGUCCCUGCUCCCCGAGCUCUGUAAGACUUUCCUGUCGUUUUCCCCGCCUUCACACCUCACCACACAACCCUUUGUCUCUCUCCCCUCUCCCCUUCCCUAUCUCACACUCUCUGAUUCCCUGCCUGCCGGGGCUUAUCUCUGGGCAUUUCUGUCCAGCUGGCUGUCCUUCCAUUUCCUUCUGUCUUUCCCAGAGCCUUUCCCUCCUCUCUAGCUGGCCCUCUUUGUCAAUUUCCUUUUCUCUCUUCCUCUUUUUUUUUUCUUCUGUCACAGUCUCUGUCCUUCUCAUGGUUACUUCACCUCUUUGUGUCUCUGCUUCUCCCUAUCAGUUCCUCCGUGUGGCUUUUCCAGUGUCUCUCUCUCUCUGUGUGUCUCUGGCUUCUGCUCUGAUGGUCCCUCUGCCCAUCUCUAUUUUUAUCCCUCUGACACACCCCCUGCGUCCACCUCUCUGUCUGUCCGUCUCUCCCCCUCCCGCGUCUGCUCAGGACCCAGCUCCUGGUCCCAAUUAGUUGAUCGCCGCCAAGGCAGCGGCGGGCCCCCCACCCCCGGCUCCUCAUUACAGCCGGAGGCUCCUAAUGAGCCUGGGGGGAGGCUGACCCCACGCCCCCGGCCCCUGGUCUGCGUCACUGCCCGCUGCGGGGGCUGCGGGAGGGAUAUAAGGGGGCUGCCUGCUCGCUGCCCAAGUCCACUGCGCGGUAGGGGCCCUGGGACCUGGCUGCUGGGGGUGGGUAAACUCUGGGGCUCGGGGCCAGGCCACCGGCCUCACGGAGCCCUUCCCUGUCUCUCCGCAGGUGAUGGAGCCUCGCCAGGUGCCCCGGAGCUCCCGGGCGCGGCUCCUGCUGCUGCUCCUGCUGCUGGUCCCCUGGGGCGCGCGCACUGCCGCAGGCGUCGCCCUGCCCCCCGCCGGGGUCUUCAGCCUCCGCACCCCGGGCGGAACCUGGGCGGCCCGGGCCAGCCCCCCGUCGCGGCGGAGCCUGGCCCUGGCAGACGACGCGGCCUUCCGGGAGCGCGCGCGGAUGCUGGCCGCCCUGGAGCGCCGCCGCUGGCUGAACUCCUACAUGCACAAGCUGCUGGUGCUGGACGCGCGCUGAGCGCC